AUGGUCGUGCAGAUCCCCAACUACCUCCUUCCCGACGACGAGCGAUGGGACUUUCUUCACGCUCUCGUCGCGGAUAUGCGCGACUUCGUACCCAACCCUCAGGCCUGGCCCAAGACGCCUCUAAGUGAGAAGGACGCAAGCGCCGUACUUCGCGCUACCGCCAACUUCAUCUUGUCGAGGAUCCCAGACGCGCCUCCGGUCCAGUCGCCCCCUCCGUCGCCGUCGCCAUCCCCUGCGCCUUCUGUUAUUAGCGACGAUGACUCCGAGUCGUUGUCUGUUGCUCGUGAUUCCCGCGACCCCGCCGACUACAUCCAUCCCGUCGACGGCGAUGACUCCGACAUCGACGAGCUCAACGAAUGGCCGCUGCCUAGCGAGAUUGUGUUGCGCAAUCUCCCCGUCCUCGAUAUGUACCAGUGGGAAGGCUCCGAGCUUGAGGCCAUCUGGGAGGCAUACUCUGACGAGUUCAGCGCUAAGCGUGCUUUCACAGCCGUGGCGCCGCAUUCCGGGAACGUGUGGGAGAUCCCGGCCUCUCAUCGCAGGGAGGAGAUGUACAUCGUUCGCAGCCCGGCGAUGCAGUGGGGCAUAUUCCUUCGGCGCCUUUGCUCCCCCACGGCGAGACGCAGCGCAUUUGCCAACUUCAUUCCUCCGAACCCGCACCUGCCCGCCGCCCGCGUAUGCUUCUCGCACUGGCCGGUUCCCUGUUGGUGGCUGUAA